AUGUCGCUCCACACGCUGCCCGACGAGAUCCUCCUCGACAUCUGGAACGGACUAGACUCUCCCCACUCCAUGAACGCGUUCAUCCGCAGCUGCCGACGAUUCCACCGGAUAUUCAAUGGCUCUCUUUACCGCUACGCAUUAAACACCCCUCGCAGCCUCGCAGCCGCCAUGGACUGGGUAGGCCAACACGGCCGAGUCGAUGCGCUGCGCCGAUUCAUCGACGAACUGGGGGCCAAGUACGGACGGGAGUCGACCGUGAGGCUUCACUUCGAAGCCGGGGCCGAUAUCGAGGGCAGUGAAGACUUCAGGUCAGCACUGCUGGCUGCGACGGAGAAUGGUCACAAUGAGAUUGUGAAAUUUCUCGUCGCGCAGGGCGCGCGACAGGUCUCGGCCGACGGGUUCCAGAACGCGCUGUGCUGCGCACUCAAGGGGAACUGCUCCAUCGAGGUGAUCCGCCUCCUCCUAAACGAGAACCAGCCAACGGAUUUACUCGACCGCCUGGGUGAAUACGACCUGACACCGCUGGGUCUGGCCGCAGAAGAGGGAAACAUUGAAGCUGCGCAGCUCCUCUUAGCCGCCGGCGCAGACGUCGAUGCCGGGUUCCAAUUCUCUCCAUUAAAGGCAGCGAUUGGAAAACGGCAGGAAGCCAUGGCGCGCUUUCUGAUAUUAGAGGCGGGGGCGUGUGUCGGCCAGCCGGGCAUUCACAGCGUGGCAUUGGAAAAGGCGAAAAGAAUGGGUCUCAACGAUAUCGUUCAGCUGCUCGUGGAGCACGGCGCUGAUCCGACUGCUACCGAAAUUUCCGAGUAG